UUGAUAAAAAGAACAAAAAAAGAAAGAACCAUAUUCUUCUUCUUUUUCUCCUCCUUCCUCCUUACUACCAUUGAUCAUCGGCCCCUCUCCGUUUCGCCGCCUCCGCCGCUGCCGGUAAUGGAGGAAGACCAAGCCAACAACAUCAUCAUCUUCCCCUUCAUGGCUCAAGGCCACAUCAUCCCCUUCCUCGCCCUCGCCCUUCACCUCGAGAGCAAGCUCGAACGCCUCCCCAACCUCACCAUCACCUUCCUCGGCACCCCUCUCAACGUCGCCAAACUCCGCUCCUCCCUCCCUCCCUCCACCGCCCUCCGCCUCGUCAACCUCCCCUUCCGCCCCUCCGACCACGGCCUCCCCCCGGACGCCGAGAACACCGACGCCCUCCCCUACCCCCUCGUCGUCCGCCUCCUCCACGCCUCCACCUCCCUCCGAGACCCCUUCCGCGACCUCCUCCUCGGCCUCGUCUCCGGCGGCCGGAAGCCCCUCUGCGUCAUCGGGGACAUCUUCUUCGGCUGGACAGCCACCGUGUGCCGCGAGCUCGGCAUCUUCCACGCUGUCUUCAGCGGGGCCAGCGGGUUCGGCCUCGCCUGCUACUACUCCCUUUGGGUCAACUUACCUCACCGGAAGAAGCCCGAGUCCGUCGAGUUCUCAUUGCCGGACUUUCAAGAAGGGUCACCGGUGCACGUCUCGCAACUGCCGAUGAACAUCCUCGAGGCAGACGGGACCGACCUGUGGUCGCUAUUCCAGGCCGCGAACCUCUCCGCCUGGGUGGAAUCGAACGGCAUCCUGUUCAAUACGGUGGCGGAAUUCGACAGCGUCGGGCUCUCCUACUUCCGACAGAAGCUCGGCGUGGAGGUAUGGGCAGUGGGGCCUGUCCUCCUGUCCGCGAAAAGCCGGCGGUCCACGACGCCUUCAAGGGGGGCUGGCGCGGGGCCGGAUCAGUGCAUAGCUUGGCUGGACACGAAGCCUCCAAAGUCAGUGCUCUACGUGUCGUUCGGAUCCAUGAACACCAUCACCGCCCCGCACAUGAUGGAGCUGGCUACGGCGCUGGAGUCCAGCGGCCGCGACUUCAUAUGGGUGGUGAGGCCGCCGGUCGGGCACGACAUAAACGCCGAGUUCGACGCGGGGGCGUGGCUGCCCGAGGGGUUCGAGCGGAAGAUCGCAGGUAGAGGGCUGCUGGUGGAGAGGUGGGCACCCCAGGCGGAGAUACUGGCUCACGGGGCGGUGGCGGCGUUCCUGACGCACUGCGGGUGGAACUCGGUGCUGGAGGCGCUGAGCAACGGGGUGCCGCUGCUGGGGUGGCCGAUGGCGGCGGAGCAGUCCUUCAACGCGAGGCUGCUGGAGGGAGGCGGGGUCGGGGCGUGCGUGGAGGUGGCGAGGGGGAGGAGGUGCGAGGUGAGGGGCGAGGAGCUCAGGGAGAAGAUCGAGAUGGCAAUGGGGGAUACGGAGAGAGGGAGGGAGAUGAGGAGUAGGGCGGAGGAAGCGAGGGAGAUGAUACAGAGCGCCACGAGAGAUGACGACGACGACGACGACGACGCCGGCGGUCAGAGGAGGAAGAGGGGGUCGUCGGCGCGGGCAUUGGAUGAGUUCAUCGAGGCGGCAAUGCGGGGGAGGGAGGAGAGCCGAAAUGGAAAGAAGAACGAGAACGGGCACGCGUGCAUUCCCGAGGGACCGAUCAUAUCUUCUGCUCCUGCAUGCAAUGGCUGGUCCAAAGAGCUCCUUCCAAAUCCCAAAUCCAUCUGAUAAUUUUUCAC